AUGAGCGACUCCGCCUCCGUAUAUGAGCCCGACGACGCCGAGUCUGAUUCCGAUUUCCAACAAUCCGAGCCUGAGUCUGACUUCGAGCAACCCCGCUCGUCUAUUGAGCGCUCUCCAACCCCAAACCAGAAUGUAGACGAAUAUGAUUACCAUCGUGACCCGACGUUCAAUGGGGUCGGACGCCAAGUCGGUGAUGCGCUUAUGGCACGUGUCCCGCAAAUGCGUGGAUCGCUCACAUUUCUCCGAGCCUACUCCCACCUUAUCGUCCAAAACGAGGAAAUCAUUGAUUAUGGCUCGCUGAGGGAAAUUGAGAACACAUACAAAGUCAGUCAACAUGGCUCGAUGGUCUGGACGCCCACGGAGAAGGAGGUGUUCUUCAAUGGACUGGACCGGAAGGGCAAGGGCGGCAUCAAAGAGCUUGCUGUUGCAAUCGGUACUAAGUCGGAACCCGAGGUUAUGGAAUAUAUCCGACUCUUGCAUAAGGCCUUGGAGGCCCAGUAUUCUUCCGACGUGCACCUAGAGCACAUGCCUGUCUUGAGUGAUGUCUCAGCGGCCACAGAGUUCAGCCAGGAAUGCUGUGGACUACUCGAGGAAUAUGCGGAUGUUCUAUCAUUGAAAGAAUCCCUCAUUGAAGCUCAAGCCGGAACAAAGCAGCACGGCGAUCACUGGAUUAUUACUAGGGCUCAUGCAUAUGAUCUGGAAAAUGAGGAGGACAGCAGCGUCCGAGGUGAUCUCCGCCUCGCAGCUGAUUUGCUGAACCUUCCAUAUUGGGUUCGACUUUCUUAUUGUUUGUUCAUGAACUUCGGUGGCAAACAAGCGGAGAACAACUGGUGGAACCUCGCCAAGAGACAAGACUUGAUCACAGCGUAUGGACAUACUCCGUCUAUGACUGCAGAUACUGCUGUGGACUUCUACUCUCUCGCUGUUAGUGUCACACGCCGCUUAGUUCAAUCAUCCCUCUUUUUCGCAAUGUCAAGAUUGCGCAGCUCGAAUCGCAGUGGAAGUGAUAGAAAAGGAUAUGUUCGGACUCGAGAUGUGCGGGCCGCCAUUGAAGUGCUCAAUAUGAGGCACUGCAGGCCCAACUUGGUGGACAUCGCUCGUCGCAAUGAAACAGUCCUAGAAGACAUUAACAACCGGAAAGGCUGGGUGCCUACAGUAUUCACCUACGAAGAAGCCGAGGAGAUCAUCGACAAACACGAAUGGACCCGGUACCGUAAGGAUGGAACCAUGUACAAUGAUGAAAAUGAAGAAGAGAACGGUGAAGACGACGACAUCACUGACGAUGACAUCGAAAUGGACGAUGAUAUCGGACCGGAUGAUGAUAUCGAAAUGGAAGUCAACAAGCAAGAGGCAGAGCCUGAGCCCACGCCCGAACCGGAACAAGAACAGGAAUCAGAGCCCGAAUAUGAAGAUUCAGAACCAGAGGAUAUUGAUCACAAUCUUUUGGCCACGCGAGAGUCCGCCGAAACGUCAGCGCCAGUUGCACCGACAGACGAACUGGAAAUAGACCCAGAAGAAGAGCAAGCAGACAUAGUAGACACCAACGCCAGCCAUCGCGAAGAGGCCAACUUUCUGAAGUUGAUGGAACAACCCGUGCCGUCCGCCCUUGAUGAACGUAUGAAGGCAGAAGAAGUCGAGGACGAGACCAAGCUACUGCCGGAGCGCAGAAUGAGAGAAGAUGUCUCUAAUUGGCGGGAUCGGACCGUCUUCCGCAGCGAGUGGGAGGAGUAUGGGUACGAUUUCACCGAUCUGAACGAAGACCUGGAAAUGCCUCCGCUGAAAAGGCCCAGGUACAACGAAUCAGCAGUUGCUCUCUCCGCUCCGGUCGUUUCGGGCGAGGACGAGGAUGCAAUAGAUGAGAACGAGGACGAAUAG